GAAAAACUGCAGGAAACGGUACAAUGCUAGGCAAUCGAUUCUACCAAAAGUUUUACCUCCACUGUGGGCACUGCAAGGGGAUCCAGCGGGCCGCGCAGGGGUAUCGACCGAUCCCCAACCCCAUUCUCUUUGAUUCUGACGCACACUGUCGUAGCUAUCACAACGAGCAGCGCCGCGCGAAUGGAUUUGUCGGCAUGCGAGUAUCUUGUCGGUGUGAAGCAUGCCACCGCAUGCAUUCGAACUGGACGGUGUUGGACGCACAGCAAUUUAUCGAUAUCAAACUCAAGAUGUCCCCCGAAGAUCGUCAGCGCUUGCUAUAG